AUGGAUAAACAAUUCGACACCGUCAAGAACAAGCUUGACGAGUGCGGUGCCACUACAGAGGAACAUGCUGGCAUGAGCAUGGCCUUGGAACCCUAUGGUCCUUCCGGUAUGAUUACAUUCCCUUUCUCGAAAGGUUUCCGCGGUCUCUUCGCAUCUCCAUACGUCGCAGCCUGUGCCGCCUUCGCAGCCAUUGGCGGCCUGCUUUUUGGCUAUGAUCAAGGUGUCAUAUCCGUGACCCUUGUCAUGGAUCAUUUCCUCGAUCGGUUCCCUGAAGUUUCGGAUGAUGCGCCAGGUGCAGGUUUCAAAAAAGGGCUCAUGACUGCCAUGAUCACACUUGGGGCCUUUAUCGGAGCUAUCAAUCAAGGCUGGAUCGCCGAUUGGAUCUCUAGAAAGCGUUCUAUCAUGGUUGCAGUCGUGGUGUUCACUAUCGGGUCUACGCUUCAGACGGCUGCGGUUAAUUACACUAUGCUUGUUGUGGGCCGUUUCAUUGGCGGUAUCGGCAUUGGACAACUUUCAAUGGUGGUGCCUCUUUACAUAUCAGAGAUUUCCCCUCCGGAAAUUCGUGGAUCUCUGCUUGUAUUUGAAGAGCUAUCCAUCGUUAUCGGUAUUGUAGUGGCCUUUUGGAUAACUUAUGGAACAAAGGACAUUUCUAGUCACUGGUCCUGGCAGCUACCAUUCCUCCUCCAGAUCUUACCAGGUUUAUUACUGGGAUUCGGCGCCAUAUUCCUACCCUACUCUCCUCGAUGGCUAGCCUCCAAGGAUCGUGAAGAAGAGGCUUUGACCAAUCUUGCCAAAUUGCGAGCACUCCCCGAAAACGACUCUCGAGUUCAGCGGGAAUGGAUGGACAUCAUCGCUGAAGCCCGGUUCCAAGCAUCUGUUCUGCGAGAGCGCCACCCUCAACUCACGCAACGCACAGAUACCGCUGGAAAGAUUCGACUUGAAAUCGUGAACUGGACCGACUGCUUCAAGCCUGGUUGCUGGAAGAGAACGCUUGUUGGUGCAGGUCUUAUGUUCUUCCAGCAGUUCACUGGGAUCAAUGCGCUGAUUUACUAUUCACCGACUCUGUUUGGUACCAUGGGUCUCGAUUAUGAUAUGCAACUCAUCAUGUCAGGAGUCCUUAACGUCACACAAUUGAUCGGUGUUUUAUCGAGCUUGUGGACGAUGGACCGCUUUGGCCGUCGAGGCAUUCUCCUUUGGGGUAGCUUCCUUAUGUUUGUUCCACAUCUCAUCAUUGCCAUCCUUGUCGGCAAAUUCUCCAACGAUUGGCCGAGCCAUACUGCCGAGGGAUGGACCAGUGUUGCUUUUCUACUCUUCUACAUGCUCGCAUUUGGCGCCUCUUGGGGACCUGUCCCUUGGGCCAUGCCUGCUGAAGUCUUUCCCUCGUCUCUCAGAGCGAAGGGUGUCGCGAUUUCUACAUGUUCAAAUUGGAUUAAUAACUUCAUCAUUGGCCUUAUUACUCCCCCAUUGGUCCGCGAAACUGGGUUUGGAGCAUAUGUGUUCUUCGCAGUCUUCUGUCUCCUUUCAUUUAUUUGGGUUUGGUUUAGUGUACCUGAGACAAACGGCAAGUCUUUGGAGGACAUGGAUGAGGUAUUUAAUGACCGAAGCGGAGUGGCAGAUGUCGCUAAGAAGGAGCGUAUUCUUGCUGAGGUACUUGCUGAAAGGGUAGCUCGUCAGGAGUAA